AUGAUAUGGCAUACGUUUAUUGAUAAUAUUUUUGCUAAAUUUAAAAAACUACUUGAUCCCUACAAUGAGUCGCAUUUGGGUUUUAAUGGCAUAACUGUUGAUUAUAUUGAAGCUAAAAUUAGAUCCAAAAAUUCACGUCCAAAUACUUUAUUGACUUAUUGGCAAAAAUCUGAUGUUGAUUUAGCUGCUGGUUUAGAUUUUGGACCAAAUGGUAAUCUUUAUGCUUCAUUUGUGCAUCUGCAACACGCACCGUUCGACUACACAUUCAAUGUAACCAACGCUACUGGUAGUAAAAAGAAGGGCACAUGCCGCAUAUUUAUUUGCCCAAAAGUAGAUGAACGUGGUACACCUUUGAAAUUGGAAGACCAACGUUUAUUGGCUAUUGAAAUGGAUAAAUUCACAGUUGAUUUACAAGCUGGUGAAAAUACUAUACGCCGUCGUUCGGAUCAAUCAUCGGUAACCAUACCAUUUGAGCGCUCAUUCCGGCGUAUAGGUGAACAAUAUCAACCGAAAGCUGCAGAUGAAUUGGCAAAAUUCCGUUUUUGUGGUUGUGGUUGGCCACAACAUUUGUUAUUGCCUAAGGGUAGAGCUGAAGGUAUGAUGUUUGAUUUAUUCGUCAUGAUUUCAGACUACGAAGGUGAUAAAGUUGAAGAAACUAAUACAAGUCCUGAUGUAUGUGGUGAUGCUUAUUCAUUCUGUGGUUUAAAAGACAAAAAGUAUCCAGACAGACGUACCAUGGGCUAUCCUUUCGAUCGACGCUUACCUGGUGAUAAUCUGACUGCAUUAGUCGGAUCAUUCCCAAAUAUGAAAAAAACUGAUAUCAAUAUUAUUUACAAUGACCGGGUAGUUGAGAAGAUGUAGACAUGCUAAAAAUAAUUAUGAUACUGAAAUUGGCCUUUGACGUUUCAAAAAUGAAUAUAUUAUACUAACAAUUUUUUAUAUAACCUUUUAUUCAAUUUAAUUUCAUUUUAA